ACAGAUGGGGGAUAGAGGGGGGAAGGAAGGAAGAUUGCCUUUGCCGUGUGCCCCUACAUGCAGACAGCCAUCUCCAUUCCACUCCAACCCUUCCCCUCAACUUUUUACACUGAACAGACUCAAAUAAAUUACUACCGGGACCCAUCUGAACAUAAUGCCCAUGCCUUGUUCUCCCCUUGCUGAGUGAUGGGUAGCAGAUGUGGGGGACACACAUCUGCUGCCCACAGGUAGGAGGGCUAAGCUGGUCCUUAGUUCUUCUCCCCACUCUAGGCACUCUCUCUCCUGGGAACAGAAGAUCCUACCUGCUUAACAACUCUUCCAAUUCCACCCAGCAAGAGUCCCUGGCUGCCCCCAUGGGACUGGAGGAUAGUGCCCCCGGUGUUCAGCAGAGAAAUCAGCAGCCCGGGUUUGCCCUCCAGAGGCUAGAAGGGGAGGAAAUCGCGCCAACAGAUGUUAAAUACCGCCUUCAGCUGCUCGCGGAGGUUCCACUGCAGAGAAAGAGCUCGAGUGGACACAGCCAGCGCUACAAGCCAAAAUGGAAUCCGCUCAGCAAAUCCCACCGAGAAUGGCUCAAGCCCUGGAAGAUGGAGGACAUGCCACACCACAGGGGCGAGCCCUCCCAUACAAGUAGAAGCAAGAAGAUCAGAAGUUCGAGGCCAUCCUCAGCUCCCUAUGUAAUCCUUCCAGGUCACAUUCAGGGCAGAAGAACAGCACCAAGAGGAUACCAGAGCCACAAGGGGUAUGUCAGCCAGGACCAGAAUAACACCCAAGUUCCAAUGUGGAGUCAAGUCCUCUCACUUGGUCUAGACAAGAGCGGUCAGGGGAAUGUCCAAUCCGCACAACGUGUGUCAAGGGAAAUGGCACCCGGCUGGCCCACGACCCACGCACAUCAGGAGCUGAGCCAGACAAAGCCAGGGAUAGCGAGUAUUGGGACAAAGAGCACUGCCAAGUUUGAUGAAGCCACAACACCCAGGGUGUCCUGUCUGCCACCUCUCAAGAUCCUGUCGAGAAGAGUCAAGAGCAAGUGGCCCCCACACACACCUGGAAUCUUCCAAGGCAAAUUCCAAGCUGAACUGACCGGCAAGCACUUCUUCCAGGACUGGAGGUCUCAGCCUCAAGGGCGCUAUGGAAACAACGAAAAACCCCUGGUGCCAUUUGAGGAUCAAGUCUACCCCAGGCUCACCUACAUGCCCUUGUUUACUGGAAGAGUGAAGUUGAUAAACCCAAGAGCAAUGGCAUCAAACACAAGACCAACACUUUCUCAACUGAGCAGGAAAAAAUCGAUCAGGUCAGCGCCAGAAUUUUGGCCUCAAAAAAAGAACAUCUGGAGAAAGAGACUGCCUGAAUAA